AGUUCUGGAAGCUUCCGCGAAUGGAAUAGGCGCUCUUGUGAGCUCGUCUGCGACACUUUGGCCGCUUUCGUGCGUGACGCGUAGAAGAAAAUCCACUUUCUAUCGAUCGCCGAGGUGAAUUUUUCGAAUCUCGUGUAGGAAUUCUCAGAAACAUCCAGCAAGAUGUCUUUAUUCGGAUCCUUUAUGGAUGAUGAUAUUUUCAAUUUUUUGGAUCUUCCAUGAAUACUAUGAGGCAGAUGAACAACAUGAUGAUGAACUCCAUGUUCCGUGAUCCAUUUGAGAUGAUGGGGCAAAAUGCUCUUAUGCCACAUCAUGGUAGAGUACCUCACAAUAAUAUGCCACUCACCUUGUUUGAUCCCCAUUUUGGAAGAUAUGGUUUUAACAACAUGGCACCUGAUGGAAAUUGUCAAUCAUUUAUGAGCCAUUCUGUUAUGACUAUGUCCAGUGGUCCUGAUGGACGUCCACAAGUUUAUCAGGAGACCAUGUCUACCAGAACAGCACCUGGUGGCAUAAAAGAAACUAAGAAGACGGUAAGUGAUUCUCGUACUGGAACAAGGAAAAUGGCUAUUGGUCAUCACAUUGGUGAGAGGGCACAUAUUCUUGAAAGAGAACGUAAUAUGCGUGGUGAGGAGGAAGAACGACAGGAAUUUAUCAAUUUGGAUGAAGAAGAGGCAGACUCUUUUAAUCGCGAAUGGGUAUCACAUACGCGACGUGCACAUACUAGUGCAAUUGAUAAUGGCAAUUCAACUAGAGUUGCCAGUAAUAGUAGGCACCGACCAGAACCAAGGCAAUUGGCUUUACCAUCUACUACAGAUGCAUCAGCAAGUCGACAUUCUAAUAAAGGUACAAGAUGGAUACCCGGUGCUAGACGUGCUAUAAGGACCUUAAAUCCUUCCAAAGUAAAAAAUACACCUCCUUCUACACGCUUCAAGCCUGUAGAAUCUGCAAUGUCUUCGAGAGCUGAAGUAUUAUCGGCAUCACCGUCUGCAUCAGGAUCUCGAAAACGCGAACAUAAACCGGAUAGACAAGUUAGUAAUAAGCGUCAUCAAGCUGUAUCUGAUAGUGACGACUAGGAUAUCUCUCAACCUAUUAUCUGCAAAACAUAUACUUUAUCUACAACAUACCUAUAAUAAAAUCAUAUAAGAUUUAAAUUAAACAGAAUAGGAAUGUAUUAUUCUUUCUCAUAAACAUUAACAAUUUUCCGUA